AUGACGACGACAGAAGAGCGAAAAUGCGCCGAAGAUGAAGAAGAGAACAAAGACGAAGAGGACGAAGAGGAAGCGGUCCAAUCCAUCCCAGAGCUCGAACAAGCUCUGCGUGAAUACGCGGAACAGAUGGAAGAUAUCGACCAAUUAGACGACGGCGAGGAGAAAGAAGAGAUGAAACGAGAGUUAAAGGAAGUCAUCGAGUUAACCAGAGAGGUCUUGAAAGAACGCGCGACGGAGGAAAAAGAAGAAGAGGAGAGAAAGAAGCAAACGACGACGAUGAAAAUGAAAGAAGAAGAAGAACACGAAGCGAUUGAGAAAGAGUUGGAGGAUUUGGAGAAUUUGCGUCAAACGGAAGAGGAAGAGGCAGAGAAGAGGAAGCGAGAGGAAGAGGAGAAGAAGUGGAAGGUUUUGAAACGACCUUCAAACGGAGAAGACGAGGAAAGAAUAGAAACAACAACAAAAGGAGGACGAACUAGAAAAGAAAACGGUGACGAGGAGGAGGACGGCGGUAACAAUAAGCCGCCGCCGAAAAAUCUGCUCUACCGCGGCGCCGACGAUAAACCGACGUACGACGAGGAAGGGAAUUUAAUCGUCCCGAAGAGGCUUCAAAUACAAGACGACGACGAUAAAGUCACCAGAGAUCGAAAGAGGAAACAGUUGCAAACGUUUAAGUAUAAGCAGAAACAAAAAGCAGACGUGAGCGAACACGCGAAACGGGCGAGCAGUUGGAACGAUUUCAAGACGAAGAAAGCGGGCAAGAAGAAGCGCUUGGAUAACAUGAGCAGUGGGGUGUUUAAGAAGAAAUCGAUGUUUAGCGGUGUCGGAGAGGGCGAGAGAGAGGUAUCUAAGCUGACGGUGCCGAAAAAACACCGGUUUCAUUCCUCUUAG